AUGGACAACAAUAACAACAACAACAACAAUAAUAAUGGUGAUGCAAUGAUAAUAGGUGAUGGUCAAUCACGUCAACAACAACAACAACCACCAAUGAAGAGAGUAUUCACUCCAUUCCAACCAUGUCGAUCAGCAGACUGCUACAAGAAACUUCAAACAAUCAAUGAAGGUGCAUUCGGUGUUGUCUAUAAAGCAUAUGAUAAGGAGACAGGUGAGAUAGUUGCAUUAAAGAAGAUAAAGAUGGAGCGUGAGAAGGAGGGAUUCCCUCUGACAUCAGUGCGUGAGAUAAAGGUGUUGAUGGAGCUGAAACACCCAUACUUGGUGGAUGUAAAGGAGAUGGUGUUUAGCGAUAAGAGUGUGUUCAUGGUGAUGGAGUACAUUGAUCACGACCUCAGAGGACUGAUGGAGGCCAUCAAGAAGCCACUGAUGCAAUCAGAGAUCAAGACAUUGAUACAUCAACUCUUGUCAGGUGUCAAGUUCCUGCAUCAGAACUGGGUCAUUCACAGAGAUCUCAAGACAGCCAACCUGCUCUACACCAAUAGUGGCGAACUAAAGAUUGCGGAUUUGGGUCUGGCGCGUGAGUAUGGCUCGCCACUCAAGCCAUUCUCAGAGGGCGUCGUCACACUAUGGUAUCGAGCACCAGAGCUACUGUUGGGCACUGCGAUCUACUCCACACCAAUCGACAUAUGGUCCGUUGGCUGCAUAUUUGCCGAGAUCAUCUCACGUGAGGUGUUACUUCCAGGCAGUUCAGAGAUUGAUCAAUUGGACAAGAUCUUCAAGAUGUUGGGCACACCCAAUGAGACCAUCUGGCCAGGCUUCUCCAAGCUUCCCUUGGUCAAGAACCUUAACCUUAUUCCACAACCAUACAAUAACCUUCGCAGCAAGUUCCCUCACAUCACUGAUCUAACUUAUGACUUGUUGGAAAGACUACUGACAUUGGAUCCAGAGAGGAGGAUCACUGCCUCUGAAGCACUGGAACAUCCUUACUUCACGGAGAAUCCACCUCCCAGGGAUCCAGUUCUAAUGCCACACUUCCCUACGACACACAAGGCUUCAUAG